UAAGCCAGAACUCCAAACCCUAGCAGACUAGUUUCUCUCUCCUAUUUCUUUCUCUCUCUACCUGUAUUUCGAUGCGCUUGGGCUCUUGAACGCCAUGGCUUCGGAGAGUGUUUCCAGAUCGAGCUCGGCGGCCGAUUCGUACAUAGGAAGCUUGAUUAGUUUGACUUCCAAGAGUGAGAUCAGAUAUGAAGGAGUUCUUUACAAUAUCAACACCGAAGAGUCCAGUAUCGGACUCAGAAAUGUUCGAUCUUUUGGAACAGAAGGAAGAAAAAAAGAUGGGCCACAAAUUCCCCCAAGUGAUAAAGUUUAUGAGUAUAUACUCUUCCGUGGAAGUGACAUAAAGGAUUUGCAGGUUAAAUCUUCUCCACCUGCUCAGCCUGUUCAGCCCACACCACCAAUUAACAAUGAUCCAGCAAUUAUUCAGUCUCACUAUUCUCGUCCUGCCGUUUCCACACCAUCUAGUUUGCCGUCCACUGUUAGUGGGUCUGUGACUGAUAUUGGUUCUCAUACUGCACAAUUGGGACUCCCUGGUUCAAAUUUCCAAGGUGCGUUGCCUUUGUAUCAACCUGGAGGGAACUUAGGAUCAUGGGGCGCUUCACCUCCUCCACCAAAUGCAAACGGUGGUGGUCUUGCCAUGCCAAUGUAUUGGCAAGGAUAUUAUGGCCCUGCAAGUGGGCUUCCUCAAAUGCACCAACAACCUUUACUUCGGCCACCACCUGGGUUAUCAAUGCCUUCUUCCAUGCAGCAGCCAAUGCCAUACCCCAAUUUUAAUCCUCCUCUACCCAACGGAGUUCCAAACUUGCCUGAGGUUCCAUCUCCUUUACUUUCUGCUGCUACUACUAGCUUUCCAAAUUUAACCUCUACUUCUGUAACACCAUCAACACUGCUGACAACUCUACCUGUGGUGCCUCCUGCUUCAUUAGCUCCUGAGACAUUAAUGAGUUCAGUGCCUAACAAGGAACCAAAUUCUAGCAUAUCUGCUUCCACCUUCAGUGCUAAUUUGCCAUCACUGCCUCCUUUGACUACGACUUCAGACAUAAGCUCUAUUCUACUGCCAAUUGCUAACAAGCCAAAUGCAAUUUCUGGUCAAUCUUUACCCUAUCAAACUGUUUCUCAGUCUACUUCCUCCAUUGUUGGGCCAUCCAAUACUGUCCGGACUGAGGCGCCAGCACCUUCCCUAGUAACCCCUGGACAGCUGUUACAGUCUGCUCCUGCUGCAGUUUCCUCCCAACCUUCACAAACAGUCCAUAAGGAUGUUGAGGUUGUUCAAGUAUCAGUGCCAGUUCCAGCAGAAGCUCAGCCACCCAUAUUGCCAACACCACCACCUGCUCGAGCUGGUCAAAGGCCAAAUGGAGCACCUUUCCAAAGUCGACAUGGUUAUAGGGGCCGUGAAAGAGGACGAGGAACUGGGUCACGUCCAGUGACAAAAUUCACUGAAGACUUUGAUUUCAUGGCGAUGAAUGAGAAGUUCAAGAAAGAUGAAGUUUGGGGUCACCUUGGCAAGAAUAAUAAAACCAAAGAGGGGAAUGGAGAAAUCAGUGAUGAAGAUGAUACCCAAAACGAAGAUGAUGUCGGGUUAGCUAAGAUUGAGAAGCCUGUAUACAAUAAAGAUGACUUCUUUGAUUCUCUCUCUUGCAAUGGGCUUGAUAAUGACCCACAGAAUGGAAGGACCAGGUAUUCUGAGCAAAUGAAGAUAGACACCGAGACUUUUGGUGAUUUUAGUAGAUAUCGGGGUGGUCGUGGCGGUCGUGGGCCUGGACGUGGCGGCCGUGGCCGUGGUGGUUACUAUGGACGAGGGGGAUACGGUUACAAUGGAAGAGGCCGUGGGCGAGCUAUGCCAAACCGUGGACAAUAGUUCGCAGUUGAAAUUAUGAGUUUAUAGUGGGAUAAGCCGCGAGUCAGUUGCCCAGCAGAACAAUGGAGCAGAUAGAUAUUAGGGCCAUGCGGAUGUUGUGCUUUCAUUUUUUUUUUUUUCCUUUUUAAGUUUUUGCUUGUCCAGAAAAUAAAUACAGGGAUACGCGUUUCUUUUUCUCUCUUUUUUUUUUCCUUGUUGAUUUAGUCUGUCCCGAUUUCAAUAGUUCUUGUAUGGAUCUAAUCAAUGUACUAGAGGGAUAUGCGUUAGGUCUAGAGAAGAAAUAUCAGAUGUACUAGCCAAUGGUUUUAGCAAUUUCUACCGUUUCAAGUGUUUAUUUGUGCAA